GCCUCUCGGGUUCCUCUCUGGCACUACUUUAUUCUUAUUUAUUCAUGACAUGAAAUGGUGUUCUGUGAAAUUGUGAGAUGAAGUGAGGUUAACACUUAGAAAAUAUACAAAUUGAUACAAACUUUUAGAACGGCUGUUAUAAUUUUUAGAUCAUGACAGCUAUAAAAGUGCACGGCGGCAUCGAUAUUUUAAGGCUACCGGUAAACGAGGAGGAACACUUUUGCCCUCCAUGGCGUAUCAAGUACACUCAGUCCCAUAUACUCCACUCUAAGUGUUCCAAAAGCGAAACAGGCUGCGGCACUGAUGACGCAAAUGCCUGUCAGUUUUGCGUAUAUUGUAAUGCAUUAGAAUUACCACACAUGCCAGACAUGGUAUUUCCUAAUAAUGUGUUAUCCCUGAUGCAUCAGAAUGGGGCAUUGCUGCAGUUUAAUGCUUUGGAUGCUCUGAAAUAUGUUUCCAAUGGAAAGAUCAAUGUGCAGCUCGCUUGUGCUGAAGCAUGGAAAGAAUCGAGAUCGGAAAGCAGUGAAUAUUUAGAAGAAAAGAUCAAGCCUUUUGAUUGGACGUUUACUACUAAUUAUACUGGUACAAUAUCUGGCUUUCAAAUUGAGGAAACAAACGAAAGAAUUGAUAUGGAUAAAUUAAAACAGAGGGAUAAGAUUAUGUUUUACCAUGAUUUAACAUUGUUUGAAGAUGAACUUCAUGACAAUGGCAUUGCAGUGAGCUCAGUCAAAAUUAGAGUCAUGCCCAGCAGUUUUUUUAUAUUAUUACGAUAUUUUCUUAGAAUCGAUAAUGUAAUGCUAAGAAUAAAUGAUACACGUAUUUACCAUGAAUUUGGGAAAAAUUACUUAUUACGUGAGUUUACGUCAAGGGAAGCUAAAGUUCAAAAUAUUCAUGUUUCCCCGGCACUCUUCCUGGAACCAAGUGCGAUAGCACCUCACUUACCAUUAACCGGAAGUCGAUACCACAAGCUAAUAGUACCUGAGAAAGAAGAAAUUAAAUUAAGCGAAGAUACAACUACACAAAAUAAAACUGAAAAAAAAAUAGUACAGGCUGAUGAACAUACAGCAGACAGUUCCAUCACUUAAGACUUGUGCUGAGAUUUUGAUGUUAUAUGAGGUUUUCUCGAAGGGUAUACAAAAUAAUUAGGAAUAUAUUAUACAUGCAAAUUAUUAAUUUUUGCUUGAAUGUUUUUCGAAAAUAUUUGAUUUUAAAGAUUGAAAACAAUGAGAAAAUUAUAUUGUUUUUUACAAAUCUGAAAUCAAUAUUAAAAUUCUAUCUCAUAAUUGAUCAUUCUUGUCACUUUAACAUUAUGUCUCUUUCAUUUGAUUUUUAAUAAAAACUUCCUAAAAAUGCUAAGUUAAAGUGCUUUAUUUAACUUGUUAAUAUUUUUUGAAUGUUUGAAGCUUCAAGUUUCAAGCAAAAAGAAGAAUAUAAUGAAUUGUGAUGCGACUUUUAAAUGACCUGGAGCACGAAAAAUCAUAUUUAAAUCAAAUCUGAAGAAAGACAUAAGGCAAAACUUUACGAGAUUAGAAAUCUGGUUUAUCCUUUUAUGUUUUAAAAUAGGUUUUAAAAAAUAUAAAACUGCUGAAAAAUUA